CCGAAGCCCCGAACCAAGGUCCCUGAGGAUUCACCCGCAGCUAUAUAAAAAUGUUCUUUCACUUGGCUCCCUCGUCGUGUCCGUGGCAACGCAGACACUGCCGCCGCUCCCAGAGUUUACUCUCUACUCCUACUCUGCUCUCUCUCUCUCUCUCUCUCUCUCUCUCUCUCUCUCUCUCUCUCUCUCUCAUGGCGUACUCCUCGAGCUGCGGGACGAAACCCUAAUGGAGAACCGGAGCCGCCGCCACGCCCCCGCGCCGCAGCGAGCUCCGUCUCAAGGAUAACGCCAGUGCUUGCCGAUCCGGUGGGAGAAAGCGGGAGCGCGGAGCGGCCUCGCCGCCCCCGCCAUGGGGAGUGAUCUCAAGGAGAUGAAGUACAGGCGGAGGAUCGGGGCGGAGGAGCGGCCGCAAUGCAGCGACCGGAGGGGCGGCGCGGGCUGGGCCGCGCUGCAGCAGGACCCCGUCGAGCUGCUGCGCAAGCUGGACGAGCUGAGGGACCAGAUCGCGCGCUCCUGCAACGUCGUCGCCCAGCGGCGGGAGCCCCGCAGGGCCAGCCGCCGCGCGGUCUCCAUGCUCCCCGCCGAGCAUCUGGAGGAGCCACCGCCUCUGCCGGGGUACCACCGCUCCCGCCAUGGCGGGCGGUUUGGGCCGGGCUUGCCGCCUCCAGGCCCAUACGCACCGCCGCGCCCUGAACAUGGGGAAAGGUAUGUGAGGCAGUCUAGCGGGCACUACCGCCAGUACCCUGGGAGGCAGUGGGAGAACGGUGGGAUGGGGCCUGGGAGCUUCCAUCACUACGGGUGUGCCUGUCCACACUGUCUGCAUGGGCAGAGGACUUCGCCGCAAGAGGAGAACAUCCCGAUGGCGAGGUACUUCGCCAGGCAGCAUGAAUCGUACCGGUUCGAGAGGUCACCAUCUGUUUCAUCCGAUUAUGAUCGGAGGUCUGUGGCGUCAUCACUUUACUCGCACCGGUCUGUAUCGAAGAGGAGAGCAGAGUACUUCAGGAAGAAGGCGGAACAUAUCUGCCGUCCAGUGGAUGGUGCUGCACCUUUCUCUGUGUGCAGUUCAUGUUAUAAACUACUGCAGAUGCCUACAGAAAAAUGCAUAGGGCGGAAGCAGAACCGAUUUCAAUGCGGGUCUUGUUGUCAGAUAGUUAGUCUGAAGCAUGAUGAAGAAAAUGGUAUUCCCUUUGCACCGUCAUUAUCCUUAUAUGCGCCUGAAACAGAGCAAAGCUCAAGUGACCAGAUGAGGCGAGAUACUGUCCAUCAACAUCAUGAGGAUUUUAAUUCUAUGUUCUACAAUUCAAAUGAUCAUAGCAACAUGCAAAACAACAUGGAUUCCACUGAUGAUAAUUCACUUUCUUCGACCAUGAGUAAUGACAGGAUUGGCAAAGAUUGUGGUUCAACUAGAAGCAUUCAGUCAAAAGCUGAGGAUCUCCCUUUCUCUCCAAGUAGGUCUGUAGACAAUGGAAGCCCAAAGGAUAUAUUGUGCGAGAGGGACACAGACUGCAAGGUGGAGCCUUCUGUAGGUGGUCCAGUUAGCCCACGGUCUCCAGCUUUAGAGGACAAACUUGUUGACCCAUUGUGUGCCCAAGAAAAAUGUAACGACGAGGAUGAUCAAGGCAUGGCCAUGGCUUACAAAUCAGACCUAACUUGCAAAGGAGAAUAUGAUGUUAAUGAUCAGUAUGAUGGGGGCAUUAGUACAAGAAGCAAACAGGAGAGCAAUGAAGAUGACAAAGAUGCCACUGAAGAUGAAAUCUCAUGCAGAAGUUAUGAACAGAAGAGCAAGGAAGAUAACUCAUGCAACAUUGAAGAUAGUAGCAAAACAUAUGAGCAGAAUAGUGGAGAAGAUGACACUAGUAGUCUAGUAAAUGGAAGUGAAAAGUACCAGUGUAUGAAUAUUAAAGAUGAAGAUAGCAGCCCCGGAGGCGAGGACACAUGCAAUAAAUAUGAGUCAAAGGUAAAAAGAGAUGAAAAUUAUGUUCUUGGAGCUGAGAGCAUUAGAAAAAACUGUGAUGAAAAUAAUGCAGAUGUCAUGGAAACUGGAAGCAUAAGUGAGAGACAUGAUGGGCUGAAAAUCGAAGAAGAUAAUGAGAAAUUGCAGCAGCCAUUUAUUGAAGAUGCCAAUUCUCAAACAGGGAGUGGUUCAUCAGUUAAUGAGCGGACAAAUUCUGGGUUUUCUCGUGGUUCAUCAGAGGCUGGGUUGGAUGAAGAUCAGUCCUCUACCGGUAAGAGUGGGGAUUCAUCAUUUUUUGCUGGUUUUCUGAAGAAGGGUUUUAAGGACCUUUCUUUAUUAAAUAAGUCCAUGGACAAUGUUAAGGUUUCAAUUAAUGGUCAUCCAAUCUCUGAAAAAGCCCUUAAGAAGGCAGAGAAGAAAGCUGGUCCUGUUGACCCAGGUACAUAUUGGUACGACUACCAUGCUGGUUUUUGGGGUGUCAUGGGACGGGAAUGUAUUGGCAUUGUCCCUCCAUUUAUUAGAGAAUUUAAUUAUCCGAUGGCCAAAAAUUGUGCCGGUGGGGAUACAGGUGUUUUUGUCAAUGGCAGAGAACUGCAUCAAAGAGAUUUAGAUUUACUUGUAGGAAGAGGACUACCACGGACAUCUGGCAUGUCAUAUUCUAUUGAGAUGUCAGGCAAUGUAAUCGAUGAAGCAACUGGGAAAAAACUGCGCAGUCUUGGAAAACUUGCUCCUACGAUUGAGAAGUUGAAGCGUGGUUUUGGCAUGCACGUCCCUGAAGAGUUCAGAUAAGCUGGUUCUAGUGCUGAAUAUUGGCUUUGCCAAUUAUCCACUCCACAAGGCUGACCAUGGGGUGCCAAACCAACGAUUUCUGCGAUUGUGAUGUUAAAUCCUGCGAUUGUGAUAAAUCGCAGGUUUCUCUGAAUUGGACUGGGGCUCUGCGAGCCAAGAUAAUGUGGUCCAGUGACUUAACCACCGAUUAUAGUAUCCCUCCUGCUAAUUUCAUCACUUCAAUGGAAGCGACGUUUGCUAGUGACUCUAGCCUGCCAGGCAGUUCUUAACUUCACUGCUCUGCCUGUACAUGUUAUAUUCCUCAAAUGUGUCGUCUUUAUCAGUACAUUGCCCCAUCACAGGCACAGACAUACUGUUAGAUGUAUGAGCAAUUGUCGGCUUGUAAUUUAUUGGUAGAGCUAUGCUUCCCCUAACAUUUAUAUGUAUAUAUGUGCUCAUGAUUCUUGAAACUCUGGCCGAUAUGAUUGGCUUUCGGCUCUC